UCUCGUGCUUCGUACGAAAUUAUACCUAUGAAAGGACACGAAAUCCGUGAGGUACUUUAGCCCGUAUCACGCUCUUCGUUAGAAUCGUUCCUAUAUAAGGUCCAAGUUAAUCCACUUUUAAACAUUCAGGAGUCAACUUCCAGUAUCAACAGCCCUUUGUAUUAAGGGCAAUAAUACUUCUUUUAUAUCAUAAUUAAAUAAAAUCGAAUUCACGAUGAUUUUAGUAAGUAAAAUUUGUGUUAAGUACUGGCACAUUAUUUAUCAUUACAUUGCUAAUUUAUGGAUUUUUUUUUUUCAGUGGGCGAUCUGUUUAACUGCACUUGUGUGGACCACAACUAAAUGUGAACCACCAGUUAACAGCUAUCUACCUCCAUCUGGUAGUAAUUCUAGACCAUCUUCUCAAUAUGGCACACCAGCUCUAAAUGGUCAAAGGGGCCGGGGCCAGCCUCAAUCUCAAAGAUUCCAAAAUCAACCUUCCGAUAGUUUUAACACACCUGGCUCGGGACAAAGUCUGACAUCUGAAUAUGGGGUACCUGGCCAAGGAUCUGGUUUUCCAAGGGGUGGUCAACGUGGAUUGGGACAGGGCAACAUACCAAGCUCGCAAUACGGAUCUCCAAAUGGUUUUGAUGGGCAAUCAUCAUUUGGUUCAGGUAGCAAUCGUCCUCAAACAUCUUACGGAACACCAAAUCAAGAUGGUUAUAACCAAUUUGGAGGACGCAAUGCUCAAAGACCUGAUGCUGCCUACGGAACACCUGCAAGUGGCUUCCAGCCAUCCGGUGGUUUUGGCUCUGAUGGAUUUUCCGGUUCUGGUUCUCGCCCUGGAAGUAGAGGCCGUCAACCGCAGAGAGGCUCACCUUCGUCAUCUUAUGGAACCCCUGAUUUCGGUAAUAAUGUAGAUGGUUCAAGUCAAAAUUAUCGUGGAUCAGGGGUAGAUGGUUCUAAUGAACCUGCCAAAUAUCAGUUUAGUUAUGAGGUAGACGAUGCUGAAACAGGUACAAAAUUCGGUCAUUCCGAGCAAAGAGAUGGUGAUGUAGCUAUUGGGGAAUAUAACGUAGUGCUACCUGACGGUAGGAAACAGAUUGUUGAGUAUGAGGCUGACCAGGAUGGAUAUAAGCCUCAAAUACGAUACGAGGGUUUGUUUAUUCUUUCCUAUAAAAUUAAGCAAUGGGUUUAG